ACACGCCGCGGUCGCCUCCCGAUCAGGCACGCAGUCCUUGCUACAGCACGUCCAGCCGGAAUCCAAUAGACGCUGUCCUCCAUUGGGACACUGCCGUGAUUGGCGACCCAUCAGUCGACCCAUCCUCGGGCGGCAACUCGAAACCACGUCCAGCCACGCUCACCUGCGCCUGAAACCGCACAUCGUUACUGACGCUCGCCCUCCCAACUCCUUUCUUCACAGCGUCGACAGCGCUGCACACAGCCGCCAUGGCCGACCCGUUCGCCCCCAAGACGAUGAAGCGGAAGAACAAGAAGGGCCUUGCCCUGAGCGCACCCCCACCAAAGCCAGUGGCCUCGGAGAGCGAUUCACAGGGACCAGGCAAUGCGAAGGAGGAGACGCUUGAAAUCGGCGUCGAGUUCCAGCUGGACUUGAAGGCAGAGGAUCUGAUUGUUCUGCGGGAGCUUGGAUCCGGAAACGGAGGCACAGUCAGCAAGGUCCAGCAUGCUGCUACUAAGGUCAUCAUGGCGAGGAAGGUCAUCCACGUCGAGGCCAAGAACGAGGUCCGGAAACGCAUCGUGCGAGAGCUGCGCAUUAUGCACGAGUGCAACUCGCCCUACAUUGUCGACUUCUACGGCGCCUUCCAGAAUGACUCUGGAGAUGUCAUCAUGUGCAUGGAGUACAUGGAUGUGGGUGCCCUUGACUGGGUUUCUCGCCAGUUUGGCCCCGUACGCGUCGAUGUCCUCGGAAAAAUCGCAGAAGCCGUGCUCGGCGGUCUCAGCUACCUUUACAGCGCCCACCGCAUCAUGCACCGCGACUUGAAGCCAUCGAACAUUCUUGUCAACUCGAAAGGCCAGAUCAAGCUCUGCGAUUUCGGCGUUUCUAGCGAACUCGAUGGAUCCAUUGCCGAGACUUUUGUAGGGACAGGCACAUACAUGGCCCCUGAGCGUAUUCAGGGUUCACCUUACACCGUCAAAUCGGACGUAUGGAGUGUCGGUCUUAGCAUCAUGGAGCUAGCUAUUGGCAAGUUUCCUUUCUCAGGAAGCGCCGAUGACGACGAUGCUGGAGGCCCUCAGGGUAUCCUUGAUCUUUUGCAGCAGAUCGUUCUUGAGCCUGCGCCGAAGCUGCCAAAGAGCGAUGCGUUCCCUUCCAUUUUGGAAGAUAUGGUUGCCAAGUGCUUGCUGAAAGACCCCAAGGAGCGACCGACGCCCAAGGAGCUUUAUGACCACGAUGCGUUCCUCCAGGCUGCGAAGCGCACACCGGUCGACCUCGAAGCAUGGGCGACUAGCAUGCUCGAACACAACAAGCGCAAGUCACAUCUCACCUCCUCCGUACCGUCCGGCAGCAUUCGCGAGAAGCUGCAGAAUCAGGAACCCGCGCCGAGGCGAGGUUCUGCGGAUAUCAGACAGCAAGGGCCGCCGUCGAGGAGAGGAUCCGCUGAUGUCAGGCAAGACGGACAAGCGCCACCGCGUCCCGCCUACCCUCAACGCACGUCGAGCAGCAUCAGCCAACACAGCCAAUCAAACAGCCAGUCGAGUCAAAGCGGACAAAUGUCCCUCCCCAUGCGACCGGCGCCACACGUAUCAAACGGGUCCAAUUCGAGACCUCAGUCAAGAGGUCCACCGCUCAAUGGCGGGCUGCCACCCGCUCCGAGGAGAAUGUACAGUGAUGUGCAAUAGCCUACUCUUUUGCAUCGGAACCGUUCUUUCAGUGACACCUUUUUACGCAUGUUUCGAACAAUGCUGGGCAUUUCUGGGGUUACCUGUGCAUGUACUGAGUGUACAGUUCAAAUUUGGAACUUUUGAUGGGGCGAGAUGUAGAAGGAUGUACGGCUUGGAGCAAAUUCAUUGGAGCAUCAAUUUACGACUCCUCCACUCGACUGUACACUUUCGUUGAAACUUUACCAAUCACAGCACGCAGUGCUUAUGUCGCGCUUACCUUCGGCAGUCACGACGGGAGUAAAAGCCUCGCACCGAGAAGCAAGGUGACAGUCUAUGUACGACAAAGAGGCAUCACCAAACAACUACCCCGACUCAACAUGAUCAUAUCGCAUGCGACAGGAAUGCUACAGUAGCAGCUGACAUAUGCAAGAUCGCAGCAUCGUCACGAUCUAGAUAUUUGUCUGAAGUUCACUGUCAGCGGCCUGGCACUCCACGGCACACUGCGGCACGUCCUU